ACCAGGCAAAAUGUUGGAGCGACUUAUUUUCUUGCGUAUCCGUAUAGCCGGAUUGGCCAUUGGUUGGUUAGGAUGUCUUUUCUCAUUUGUGAUGAUGGUCCGCAUAGGCAUAGCUCUGGCAUAUGGUGAUCCCAUUGCAGACCAUUUUGUGGUCACCUUUACGCCUGAGGAAAAAGUACAUAUGGAUCAUGUAAUUGGGAGCAUUGGCUUGGUAUUCUUUGCCUUGAAUAUUCUUUGGUCUGGCUUGCUGAUAGCUGGCAUUAUGAAGAAUCGUCAUCUAAUGCUCUUGCCCUGGUUGAUUAAAUAUGGCAUUGCCCUGGUGGUUUUUAUAAGCUACAACUUACAUCGUGUGAAUAGAUUCAUUGAGUUACAGGGAUCAAUCGAUAUGUUGGCAUCACUGACACGCUGUGGCGUAGGCAUAGUUCUCUGCAUCUAUAUUUACUACGGAAUGUUCUCCCUCUAUAAGGAUAUACAGAAAGUCCGAUACCAAGUUGUUCCUGUGAGGAAAUGAA